ACCAUUUUCAAUACAUGCUUGAAGAAACACAACUUUUCAUCGCUAAUUAUUUUCAAUAGUUAUAUGUUUGAGAAGACACAAUCUUUUGUUUUCGGUAGUUACAUGAUUGAAAAGAUAUAAUCUUUUAACAUUAAAUGAGAUUUCUAUUAUUAGUAGAUAGGUUAAUUUUUAGAUAUUUACGUUGGAUUCAAAUAUUUUAAAUUAUUUUGUAGAUGUUUAGUUUUCGUUCUAUAAUUUAAAUUCUGCAUUUCGCGAAUUCUAUUAAAAAAGUUGAAGAAUUAAUAUUUGAACCAAUAAAAGAUGCCGCCAGUGCUGCUGACAACUUUAACACUCGGAAAUUCUCGUAUCAAUCAAUCUCCCACCAAUGGGAGUGAAGAAAACUUAUCCAAGAAGUUACACAAAACCAUAAAAUUAGUAAAAAGCUCCCUAAAAUAUUUCACAUGUUCCCCCCCCCUCAAUUGUUUUCAGUAUUGCAGUAUAGUCCCGGACCCACUCAAAACCUUUUUCAACGUUUUUCGAGAUUAAAAGUUAAAAUCGUUACCGCCAAAGGCACCACCAGGAGAUUGCAUGACUCAUCAUCUUCUUCUUCUUCUUCGCUAGGGUUUUCGAUUUCACUCCUUCGCCCAUGGAUAUGACUACUUGCGUCGGCAGAAGAACUCGCUCGAGGACGGAAUCUUACUUGAACGAUCUUCUGAAUCAAUCGAAGGGGGUUUCCGUCGCGGAUCAAUCUAAGAGUAGGACAGGGAGGCAGAAGAAGAAGAGAGCGUCCGCGCCCGCGCCCGCGCCCUUGCGCGAUUCUUGCUCGCCGGAGAAGUCGAAACGGCGCCGGAAAAGGAAGAGAAAGGAUGACGAUGAUGUGGAGUUCGUCGGAACUAUCUAUCCGAAAAGUAAGCGAGAGAAGGAGCAUGUAGUAGUAGUAGAGGAUGACAAUGUAGGUUCACCUUUGGUGAUCGCUCUUAGUUCAGAGUCAGAUAGGGCUUGUGGUGUGACUGUAGAUGAUGCCAUGGGCGAUGAUGAUGGUGAUGUUGAAUUCGUUAGAACUAUCUAUCCUGAAGAUGUUGACUCAUCUGAUUACACGGAGAAAAUCUCAGAUUCUUCUUAUUAUGCGGAGAGCUCUGAUAGUGGUGAGGACGAUGAGUUUGGUGGUGCCAGAGACACUGCUACAGUCAAGAAGAAGAGCCCAAGUGAAAGAGUGUAUAAGCGGAAGACUUCUUAUAGGAAGAAUGAUUUGGAUGUAUCUGAUCUGCUAGCAAAAUCUAUUUGGCAGAGAAAGAAAAUUGUCGAGGAAGAUAUCUCUUUUGAAGACGAAACAGCAGAGGUUGAUACCAGAGAAGAUCCUACUGUUAGAGAGAGAUCAAAUGACAAGGUACAUGAGCAGAGGAAACGAAAGAGAUUCUAUAUGGAGAAAAAGAAGAACCGUUCAAAUGUGUUUGAUCUGCUAGGAGAUUCUUUUGAGAGUUUUGAUGUUGGGGAAAACCCGUGGGUUUCUCCUCCUAUAAACCUGAGAUUUGGCUGUGAGGAGCCUGAGCCAGUUGAGAAAACAGAAGAGGAGAAAGAAGUAGACAGGUUGUGGCAAGAUAUGGCCUUAGCUUUAUCAUUGGAAGGACUACACUCAUCUACUUAUUUUAAAAAUGAAGAUGUGUCAUGUAGCAACGGGAAGCAUGAUUUCGUCCUUGAUGAGGAAAUUGGUCUGAAAUGCCGCUACUGUUCUUAUGUCUCCAUCGAGAUGAAAGAUGUUUCACCUGCCAUGGACAAGUAUCGUGCUAAUGUUAAGUAUCGUGAUACUGUUAACUACAAAAAGACAUGUCGUAACAAAGGUGACCCUUUACUUGACAGCCUUGAUUUGGAAGCGUCAGGCCACAACAGCAACCUGGCGUCUUUGAAGAAGAUACAGGGAACUGUCUGGGAAUACAUCCCUGGCAUAAAAAAUACUCUGUACCCACACCAACAAGAAGGCUUUGAGUUUAUGUGGAAGAACUUAGCCGGGACAACAAAACUCCACGAGUUGAAAAGCUCAUCAGUGGUAAAAGAAAGUGGGGGAUGCAUUAUUUCUCAUUCCCCUGGGACUGGCAAGACGCGUUUGACCAUCGUGUUUCUUCAGUCAUACUUACAACAGUUUCCAGAUAGCCAUCCUGUGGUCAUAGCUCCCGCAAGUUUACUGCUCACAUGGGAAGAAGAGUUCAAGAAAUGGAAUUCAAACAUUCCGUUUUAUAACAUGAGUAAUCAAGAGUUGUCAGGGCUAGAGAACCCAUCAGCUGUUUCACUUCUAAAUGGAAGUCGACAACAUAGGAGCAAAAAGGAUUCUGUCCGUAUGGUUAAGCUAUAUUCAUGGAGGAACAAGAAGAGCAUUCUUGGAAUCAGUUACAGUCUCUAUGAGAAGCUCACUGGGAACAAGUGCGCCUCUGGGGAGACGCAAAAGUUUAGAAAGAUGUUGCUGGACUUUCCAGGGCUCCUGGUCCUUGACGAAGGCCACACUCCUAGGAACAACAAUAGUUGCAUCUGGAAAGUGCUCACCGAAGUGAAAACGGAGAAGCGUAUCAUACUCUCAGGGACACCGUUCCAGAACAAUUUCAAGGAGAUUUCUAACGUCCUAUGCCUGACGAGACCAGCUUAUAAAGAUAAGAUCUCUUCUAGGCUCCAUGAUCUUACGAGGCUGAGCCAAGAAGGCAAAAACGGGAGGUUCGAUGAAGAGAUUGGAAUCGCGGAGCUUAAAGACAUGAUCGCUCCUUUUGUUCAUGUCCACAAAGGGAACAUCCUUCGAGAGAGCCUCCCAGGUCUAAGAGACUGUGUUGUGGUUCUGAACGCUCCUUUUCAACAGGCGAAAAUCCUGACGAGAAUCGACCAUUCUGAAAACACGCUUGAGCUUGAGCACAAGCUUUCAGCUGUUUCGGUACACCCGUCUCUGUAUCUGCGACGCAAGCAGACAGACAAGGAACGGUUAACCAUUGGGCCAGUGGUACUGAAAAGCCUGGAGAGACUUACGCUUGACUCAAAGGAAGGUGCGAAAACGAGGUUCUUGAUCGACUUCAUCCGGUUCAGUGAUACAGUGAAGGAGAAAGUCUUGGUGUUUAGUCAACACAUUGACACGCUAGAACUGAUCAGGGACCAGCUCAGUGCAGUGUUUGGCUGGACUGAAGGAGAAGAGAUUCUCUACAUGCAUGGUCAACUCCAACAGAAAUUCAGGCAGCGUCUGAUCAACAACUUCAACAAAUCAGACAGCAAAUCCAAAUUGCUACUAGCAUCAACAAAAGCAUGUUCCGAAGGUAUUAAUCUUGUCGGAGCUUCGAGGGUCGUGCUUCUUGAUGUUGAUUGGAACCCUUCUGUUGAGAGACAAGCCAUAAGCCGAGCUUACAGAAUUGGUCAGAAGAGGGUUGUGUACACUUACCAUCUCAUGGUUAAAGGCACAACUGAGUGGGACAAGUACUGUAAGCAAAACAAGAAACAUCGCAUAUCUGAAAUGGUCUUCUCUCCUACCAACGAGAAAGAUAAGCUGAUUGGAAACGAAGUUGUUUCUGAAGAUAAAAUUCUUGAUGAGAUGGUUCGCCAUGAGAAGCUGAAAGACAUGUUUGAGAAGAUACUUUAUCGCAAAACAGAAUCCGACAUGUUUACAAACAUCCUCUGAUUUGUGUUAAUCCCACUCUAAGACUCUCUCUAGGCGUUUGUAUUAAUAAAGUUGACUCUUAUGAUAUGUAAUUUUCGAAUUCGAUGUCUUCUAGGGACAAUCUUUAGCUUUAAAUCUAAUUUAUUGAUUUCA